GGGGAGGAAAGUGCAGCUCGCGCGACCAGCCUCCUCUUCCAACGUCACAUUGUGCGAGAGACAAAACCGGGGCGCGCCGGAGCUCACACGCGCACGCACACACCGACCACCCGGUCGCCUCUUCUCUCCUGGCGCUGCCGAGAAAGCCAGCCCUCCUUUCCCUUCCUGGGGCGCGGAGUUCAGCAAGCUUAGAGAGCAGCCCACAGCCACCCAGAAGGCGAAGAAAGCCGGCGGACAAGCCUCCUUUCUCCGCUGCCUGCCCAGACUAGGGCGCCCCAUCCCCCGCCCGGAACUCCGAUCUCUCCCACCCCACCUCUCUGGGUUUCUCGCCAACAGCGCCCUGAGCCGGGUGUGCCCUCAGUUCAGAAUCCACGUUUCAGCACUUCGGACAGCACCCGGACGCCCCGGCCCCUUUGGGUUGGCUAUGGCGAGCGUUCAGCAGGGGGAGAAGCAGCUUUUUGAGAAGUUCUGGCGAGGAACCUUCAAAGCGGUGGCCACUCCUCGUCCCGAGAGCAUCAUCGUUGCUAGUAUCACGGCCCGCAAGCCGCUGCCCAGGACAGAGCCCGAGAGCAGUCCCAUGGUUUCAGCACAGGAUGGGUCUUCUGAAAAGCUGGGCCAACGUCUGGCCACCGAGGCCUUGGGCACAAACAGCUGGGAGAGAGACAAGGCCUGUCGGGAGCUGGGUCCUGCCAGAGCACAAAGUGCCUCCCGUGACCGAGACUUGACGCCACCGCCUUCCUCCAGGGGGAAGAAGAAAAAGAAAAAAUCAACCCGGAAGAAGAGAAGGAGGUCCCCAUCCUAUAGCCCAUCACCUGUCAAGAAAAAGAAGAAGAAAAGUUCCAAGAAACAUAAGCGACGCAGGUCAUUUUCCAAGAAAAGAAGGCACAGCUCCUCUAGCCCAAAAAGCAAAAGAAGGGAAGAGAAGAGGCACAAGAAACAAUCCCGCAGCCGGCCCCGAAAGUCUCACCGCCACCGCCAUCACCGCUGUCCCUCUCGGUCCCAGAGCUCAGAGUCUCGCUCCUCCAGCUAUGAGAGCAGGCACCGAGGCCGGUCCCCUGAGGAAGGGCGGAAGUCCCACCAAAGGCACUCCCGCCGCUGCUGCUCCAAGACCCUUAGCAAGGCCAGCCCGGAGGCCCGGUCCAGCCACCCACCCGGCCAGCCUCUCCAGAUGCUCAGCUUCCUGUCGGCCAGGGGUGUAAUCACUGGGUCGGGGUCUGCCGCUGACCUCUUUACCAAAACAGCCAGUCCGCUCACCACCUCCCGAGGACGCUCCCAGGAGUAUGACUCAGGCAAUGAUACCUCCUCGCCGCCCUCCACGCAAACCAGCUCUGCCAGGUCUCGGGGCCCGGAGAAGGGGAGCCCCACUGAGGGUCUCAGCAAAAGCCAGGAUCUCAACAGCGGCAACACCUCGGAUUCAGGGAAUUCCUUCACCACCUCCUCACCCCAGAACAAAGGGGCCAUUCUGGAGAAUCUCUCUCCCCCCAGCAGGGGCAGAGAGUCAAGAGGAUUUCAGUCACCAUGUCUGGAGUGUGCUGAGGUGAAGAAGUCCAGUUUGGUCCCAUCCACAGCCCAAAGCUCCCCUAUGAAAGAGUGCUCCCGCAGCUCCUCCUAUGCCAGUACCCGAUCCUCCAGCUGUUCCUCCAGGUCCCCAAACCCCAGCACCUCUCCCAGGUACACUCGGAGUCGAUCCACCUCCUCUGAAAAAAGGUCCUACUCCCGCUCUCCCAGCUACUCCUCCAAGUCUGGCAAGAGGAGCCCUCCUAGCAGAAGCUCUCGGUCCCGCCGCAGCCCCAGCUACUCCCGCUACAGCCCCAGCAGAGAGCGGGACCCCAAGUACAGCGAGGACUCCCAGCAAAGGGAGCGCGAGCGAGCGCGCCGGAGACGUCGGUCCUACUCCCCUAUGAGGAAGCGCCGGAGAGACUCCCCGAGCCACCUGGAGGCCCGGAGGAUAACAAGUGCCCGGAAACGCCCCAUCCCGUACUACCGGCCCAGCCCCUCUUCGUCCAGCAGCCUCAGCAGCGCCUCCUCCUGGUACAGCAGUAGCAGCAGCCGCUCCGCCAGCCGCAGCUAUUCCAGGACCCGCAGUCAGAGCCGCACCCGGAGCCGGAGCCGGAGCCGGAGCAGGAGCAGGACCCGCAGUAGCAGCAGCUCCAGCUCCCGCAGCCCCAGCCUGGGCUCCCGGAGCCGGAGUCGGAGCCGGAGUCGGAGCCGGAGCCGGAGCCGGAGCUACAGCUCAGCAGACAGCUACUCAAGUACGAGGCGCUAAGCAAAGCCCGUCCCUUGAGCCAGACACUCAUGGGGACCCUUUUGCUCUUCCAGCCUCUCCUAAACCUACCCUCCCUCCCUUCUCUCUGGUGAUAGAUACCGGGGCUCCUGGCCCCUGUCCUGCCUGCUUUCCUGGGGAGGAGGAAAAGGGGUCUUCAUCCCCUUGUGUCAAGUUGCUAAGAGCCUCGACCAGCACCACUCUGGGGCUUAGCUGAGGCCUGGGUAAAUGGAAAGAACCUUUCGUUUGUUUGUUUGCAUAAAAAACCUCACAGUUUUAUGAGAAGCAGUGGGUCCGUGGCUCAAAAGCUUUGGACCUGGCUAGCAACGUGUGGAGACAACUCUGCUCACUCACUUCGGGCAGGACAUGUACAGAAGGACAAGGGUGAUUCAUCUACCUGGCCUCGUUCUUAUUCUUCCUGUCACCCACUCUCAUAGCUGCAAGUGUGUGGACCCCCAUCCAGGAAUAGGUGAGAGUGGACACCAAGGGGGGUUGAGGUCCAAGGUAAGGAGCCAGGCCUUGAACCUGCCCAGACAGGCUAGAGCUAAGGCCAGAGGGCCCUUGGGCCCUAGAAGAGAAGACAUGCAUGCGUAGGGGACAUGGACAUUGGAGUUGGUGGCAGAUGUCAGGGGAUUGGAGAUGGGAUCCUUGGUUACAAGUGUAGAAGCAAAAGGCAGAGGUCCCCUGUCAUUUCUAGUAAGCUGUCAUGGUUAGGGGAAGGAGCCCGUCAGGUUCCUCUGACCCAGAACAGAGGCCCCCUAUAACUUCCACAGAUUACUUCCUGGUUAUGCACAGGGUCCCUGCCACCUCAUAGGAAGGGAGAUAAUGGGACAGUCAGGACAGCCCUGACUGCGGCCCUGUGUCCCAAAUUUGCCUCACUCCUGCUAGCUGGCACCGACUUGAUUCCACGGGACCAUCUGCUGAACAUUCUCUGGUGCCAUGGCUGGCUGCCAGCCCCCAGCGCCAGCCCGUCUGGCCUUGCCCUCCAGUUGGCGCCUGUCCGCCCCCUCCCCACUUCCCAGACUGCCACACCCCAGGGUGGCCUGGCACCUCCUCUCCCACCCUUCAGCCUAAACCACCUUCCUUGCCUCAGGAUUUUUGCCAGGAUGGGGCACAGACUCAAAUUCAGAGAGUCUGCAGGUGAGGGGCUCGAGUACUCCAUAUCUGGGGCUUUUGCUAGUUUCAGACAUUUUUCGUCAGCUUGGGAAAGCCCUGUCUGACCCACCUUCCCUCUGCCUAGGGCUAGGCAGCAAGGGCAAGCUGCCCUCUGACACACAAAUACCACCAGCUGCUUCAUCCGCAGGAGGCACUGAGAACACACAGGCCAGGGAGAAGCUCCCUAAAAUAAACCCCGGGGCAACCCCCUCACCAGCUGCAUGGCUUUCCAGAGCCUUGUGAGUCUCAAGUUUGUGGUGGCAGUAGCAGCAGGACAGGGCAUGGAGGGAGAGAGGAAGGAGGACAAUUCCCAGCUUCAGCUUUGGGUACUGGGGCUGUGGGAAAGCAAAAAGCAAAGCUUCAGCCUUCCCACCCCCAAGGAAAACACUUGGAAAACCCUUUUUUCUUGGAAACAGUAAUUUCUCCUCACCUGAUCUUUCCCAUCCUAUCAGCCUCCCCCCGGGAGGGAGGGGGUGCGCAACAACCCGCCAGGGGCAGCAACCACUCUGAAAGUCCUUCCUCCAGCACAAGAAAGGAGCAAGUGUCCCCGGGCUGCAGUGGAUAACCAGGCCUUCCCACGAUGGCAUCUGGCCCAGACCAAAGCCUGUCCACCAGGACUCGUGGAUGCCAGUGCUGUCACUGCAGAAGGCCGGAUGCCAGGUGCCUGAGACAGGGACAGGUGCCCUGGGAGGACAUGUACAGCAACUGUAAAUAACCCUCUUCCCCACCCAGGAGCCCAGACUGGACUCCAGUCUCUCUUCCUGGAGACAGAGGCUUCCUAAAACCACCAAACAUCCUGAGCAGGUUGGCUGCCUGCGAGUGGCAUAGGAGCCUUCCAUGCAGACUGUCUUUGUUCAGAGGACUCCAGGGGACCAUUUUGCCUAAGGCUCCCAGCAAAAUUUUUAUUUAUUUUAUUUAUUUAUCUAUUUGUUUAUUUAUUUAUUUAUGUGAUGAUAGCUUUCUUUCACCAUUAGCAGUAUUUAUUUAUUUAUUCAUUUAUUUAUAUGGAAAGGAAUUUUUGUGUGUAUGUGUGUGUUUGGGGAGGUGGGAGAACUUGUAAAUUAUUUUUAUGCAUUUCUUUUUUUUUCUUACGUCUCUAUGGAUAUGAUUUGAGAGGCCAAAUGUGAAUGGGGAUGCUGUUAUUUUCUGGAACAUUUUAAGUCUGGAACACUCUAGAGUUGGCCCAGAAGCACAUGAGUCCCCAGGUUUAUUACUCAGCGUAGUGUUGAGAGAUUCAGGCCCCGUGCCCCAGGCCCUGCCCACCAGCUAUCUCACUGAGGUAUCAGCAGGGAAAGAGCUCAGGAGCUGAGGCACUGAACCGACGUAAUAGGGUUACAGCUUACAUUGGGGGCUGGAGUCUAAAAUUAGCAUUUAAGAUAAAGCAGUACAAAAUUGAGGGCUCUUAUGAAAGUCCUUUUGGGAGGCACCUGGGAUGAAGUUAGGAAAGAAAAUAAAAUGGAACAUGUAGCUAUCUCCCCAAGAAAGUCCUUUCUGAGCCCAUCCUGGGGAACUAGGAUCCGCAAAGCUUUAUCAAUCCAGGCUCUCUGACAACCUGCAAUAUCUUCUGGCUUCUGGCUGGCAAGGGUUCUUGCCCUUUCCAAAGUCACCAAACACAGCCUUGCAACUGUCAGCUUUUCUGGCCCAGCUUUGAAUUUGGUGAAACUUUUGCGACAGACAUCCUGGUUGUUUUCCUGCCAAUGUGGCUACCUGCCUUAACUCAAGCAAGGGAGCACCCGUAUCCCGGGGAAAGUUUGCAAGAAGUUGCUUAGAUGCCUCCCAGGGGGACAUUCUCUCCCCACCCCCUGAUAUAUUUCUCUGAUUUCUUUUAUACUUCUUUUUAUUUCAUCCAAAAAUACAAUUUUUGAUGAGUAACUUUAGUUGAGCUAACUUUAGUUAGCUAAAAUCAUCAUUCCCUAGUAUUGCUAUUAUGAUACCCACUUCACUCUCACUAUCUUUUGCUCCCAGCAAAUAAGACAAACCACUAGAAGGACUUGGCUCAAAAACCAGCAUCCAAGAUGGGAGAGGAUGCAGGUUAAGAUCAAACAACAUAUCAACCAAGCCCUUUGACCUUCUUGCCAUGGGUGUGCAGUAAAUGAGUGAAAGUGGACAAAUUGAUCCCUUUCCCUGGGCCGAAGUUCCCACAUCUUUGAAGGGUGGAAGUUUUUGAGAAGUAAUCCCAAAUAUUGACCUGAGGCCUGGAAGACCCACCAAAGACAGUACGUUUCAUGGAGACUCAGAGGAAAAAAGAAAAGAGCUUCAGAGAUUUUUUAGGAGGUUUUCAAUCAUGAGAAUAAAAACUAAAAGCAAGAUGUGAAUCCCCUUCAGUUAAUUAGAAAAAGCUAAUUAACUUUAAAGCCCUCAGCAUAGAACCAUUCCAGUUCAAUGAAGUUUGAGCACAUUCCUGUCUCUAUUUGUUUCCUUCUUUGAAGGAAACUCAGUAUUUCAGAAGCAGAAUAAAAUGAAGAUGUUGGGAAGACAGAAGGGUCUUAGCUUUCGAGUGCCUCCAUUACUUCAUUUGCUCAGAUCACGUGCUCUUUCCCUAAAUGUUUUGCUUGAAGAGGUCAAAAUUUAGGAUUCUGCCAAAGUUUUCACAAAGCAUUUUUCCUCCUUCUCAAGCCCAAUUUCCAUCUUUCCUUCUGCUGUAUUCUUUCCACUUCUUGUUCCCCACAAAUAUUCAGAAAUAGUCUCAUGUGUGCACAUCUUGCUUUCCUUCCCCCUCCAAUUGAAUAGAAAUUUUGAUCUGAUUAAACAACAUCAAAAACAGAAUUCCUUCAAGCAUGCCCCCUCCCCAACUGGCUAACUUAAUCCAGCUGAAAAACUUAAGCCAGAUAGAAAGUCACUGAGCAUUUUUUUAAUUGAAACUUAUCCUUUCUUAUUUCUACACCAAAUGAACCAAUGAAUUACAUGGUAGUCUGCUUCUCUCUGUCUGUGGCAUGUUUUGUUCAUUUGUAUGUUUGGUUUAUUUAUUUAUUUUUAGUUUUGUUUUGUUCUUGUUUUUGUUUUUUGGUAGUUGUUGCUUUGCAUUGUAAAUACCAUGAUGGGGAACCCUCAUCAAAACAUGGCUUAUUUAAUAAUUUAUUUCCUAUUUAUUGAGUGGUAUUGGGAAAGGAGAAGGGACCACUUCCUCCCCUGAAUUGCUAUUGGAAAUCAGUCCAUCUCUCAGAUCCGAUGCAGCUGUCAGCAGCAGGGCAUUAUCACCCAGGUAAUGAGUGCUAGAAUCACCGAAUAAAUUGGAAUUGGCAGAAACAGAGGCUUCCGUCAUACAAAUUAAGCCCAAAUGGAACUAAAACACUGGUUAUCUCCAAGAAAACCUCAUUUAGAUGGAAAUUAAUUGAAGAAUCAAAUGCCUGUGCACGAACCAACUUCUAUUAAAAAGUCACCACUCCUUGAAAGAAAAAAAAAAAGAACGAAAAUUGUAACUCUGCUUCUCCAGCCAAGAGAAGCUAUGCCUCACCUUGUAAUGAGCUGAACCUGAGACUGAAAUGACAUUCCUUUGUGACUUUCUUGCCUAUGUGGCUGUGGGGAUGAAAUGGAUUGGGUCUCGGGCCUCAGUCUUAACAUCUAUAAAGUGGGGCUUAGGCUAAAUGUUGUGGGCCGAGUGGGAUGGGGGACUUUCCCUCUGCCGCUGUAGACUCCGUACUGUUGGAUAGUGUCUUCUGCUGUAGGUUGAAGAGCGUCCGGUAAUGAAAGAAUCAAAAAGGUAGGACAUGGACAUCAUUUGCUGAGAGAGGAUACAAGAGCUGUGUCUUGCAGUCAGAUCUGGAAGACUUCGAGGUGCCGUGCAUUUUGAAAACUCUUUGUAGCCCGGGUUAAUGUCUUCUGUAGUUACCCUGAAAAUAUCUCCAAGCUCACUGAUCCUGAGUCGUCACGGGAAAGACCAACCUGGCCUUGUCCGGCCCUGGAUUUGACUACUACUGUUUAUGAUUAGGCUAUAUUUUGUACAGUCAUUCCAAUAAGCCAGUGAUAUAGGUACUAUGACCACAUUUCAGAUGGGAAAACUGAGGCCUAGAAGGGAACCAUCAUGCUCAAACUCCCUUAAACUCAGAUCGGCCUGACUCUGUGCCCUCCCUACACUCCCUUGGUAACUCUUUCUUCAGGGGCCUAUGCUGUGAAGACUUUUUCUGCACUGUAUCUCUUCUCCCCCCUCUCUCUUAGCUGUUCCCUCAAGUGGUAAUUGGCCUGGGAGCUAGCAGAAUCCACCACACUGGCCCAGGUCUUAGUGUACCUCAAGGCCAUUUCUCUAUAGAUAGGACUGGUACUACCAUUUGGAAAUUCCCAAGCCAGAGGACCCAUCACCAGCCCAGCUCAGCCUGAUGAGCCAGUCUCUGCCUGAAGCAUCCACAUCAGAAAGAAAGGAACUGCUGUGUCCUCCAGCAUCCUAGGACCUUGUUCUCUGCCCAGCGACACAGUGGCCAUGGCUUACUUGAUUUCUGGUUUCCACAGCUAAGCAUAACCUUCCCGGGGUUUCCGGGUUUCAGCCUGUAUGAAACAAGUCUCUGUUCUAAUUAAAGGUCCCAUGGUAUGAAGUUCUCAUAA